AUGAACGAUCCUUUCACCACAAUCUCCCAUAUGCUCGAGUCCGCAAAGGACUUGACAGUGGAGGCAGCGGCGUCGGCGGCAGCAAAGUUGGCAGACACCCCAAACCACGCCAAACCAAAAGAAAUCAUCAAGCUAUUGAACUCCAGCUUUGAACAUGAGAUCUUGAACGGGUUGAAAGUCGUGAUUUCUUAUAUGUCCACCGGGAAAGACGCGUCGCAAUUCUUCCCCUACGUCAUCAAGAACAUCAAUAAUUCCAACUUGAAGAUCCGCAAGCUAAUAUACAUUUACCUCACAAGGUUUUCAGAAACUAACCCAGACUUGGUGUUAUUGUCGAUCAAUUCAAUUCAGAAAUCAUUGAGUGAUAAAAACCCCCAGAUUCGGGCUUUAGGUUUGAGAAUCAUCUCGUCAAUUAACAACCCCACCAUCUUGUCGAUUUCCAUGUUGGCGAUCAAGAAUUCCGUCAAUGACCUUUCGCCAAUGGUGCGAAGAUCCAGCGCAAUUUGUAUCUCCAAGAUGUUCAAGUUGAUGGCCAAUAAUAUCGACGAAACUCAAAAGACGGUAUUGAUUGAGCAAUACUUGAACAAAUUGAUGAACGACUCAGAGUUACUGGUGGUCAAUUCAGCGAUUAUCGCCUUCAAUAACGUCUGUCCUAACAAUUAUUCAAUGAUUCACCCAUUGUUCAGGCAUUAUUGCUCAGUAUUAAGCGAUUUUGACGAAUGGACCCAGAUUGUAUUGAUUAACAUAUUGACCAACUACUGUCGAAUAUACUUACCGAGACCAAAGAUCAUCAAUUUGGCGGGACCUGGUGAAUUCAUUUAUUUACCAGAUGACGAGUUCCAAAUUAUCAAUUACCCAGUGUACGAGGCAGAAUUUCACCCAGAUUUGCAAUUGUUUUUGGACUCCAUGAAAAAUUUGAUCUAUAGUCCUAAUAAUGCAUUGAUCUUGUCUAUCAUCAAAGCAUUUUAUUUCUUAACCCCAGCAAAAACCUUGAAAGACUAUAAUAUCAACACGAUUUUGAUUAGACAGCUCCAAAACUCUCCAGAAAACUUACAAAUUUUCAAAUUGCAAAUCAUCUUGUACGUGAUAUUGAAAAAGGAUUCGAUAAUGUUCCAAAACCAUUUCAAGACUUUUUAUUUAUUGCCCACCGAUACCAUUCAAAUUGCCAAAUUAAAACUCUGUAUUCUUUCAUUGAUCAUCAACGAAAAUAACAUCAAAAGCAUUGUCAAUGAAUUGAAAUAUUAUGCAUUGUAUAGCCCCGAUGAUAAGAUCGCCAUCGAAGCCACAAAAACUAUUGGGAAGUGCUCACAAAUUAAUAUCCAUUGGAACAAAAAAGUUUUGCAGUGGUUAUUGAAACAGGUGGAAAUGGUCACCAAAGAUGACGAUGUUGAUGGGAAACUUCUUUGUACCGAUAGAAUCAUCAAUGAAUGUCUUACGGUCAUCAGGUAUUUGAUCCAACAAUCUCCAGAAAAUAACGUCAAGCCCAUUAUCAAGCUUGCCAGUAUCAUCAUCAAUGAAAAGUUCAAUUUGAACGCCAGCGCCAAAUCAUCGAUUAUUUGGCUAGUGGGGGAAUUCACCAAUAUCAUCCCUAAAUUCCUUCCCGACUUCAUCAGAGUAUUGGUGAAAUCAUUUAAAAAUGAAGAGGAAAUUGUCAGGAGUAAUAUAUUAUUGAUUGUUUGCAAAUACUAUACUUACGACAUCGCACAAUUUCAAUUAAAGAACCCGGAAACCACAUUACAAUACUAUCCAAGAGACGCCACCAACGUGAUAUAUAACAUUUUCAACCAUGUCAUCAAUUUAUGCAAGUACGACAACUCAUACGACAUUAGAGAUCAGGCACGGAUGUUUCAUCAAUUAUUAUCGUCUGACCGGAUCGAGUUGGCGAAUUUGAUUUUACAAGCUCCCAAACCAAUUCCCUUGAUUUUAAUUUCCAACCAACCGAUCUUGAACAAUCUUGCCUCGCCAAAAUUGAACGAUGAUUUCUACCCAGGGGUUCCAAAGACCGGGGGCAUCAUCGGUAAUGGUCAGAAAAUUAUUGAUAUUGCGGAAAAGAAGAAAAACCAAGCUGAAGAAGCUAGUGCCAAUGUCGAAGUUUCCCCACAACCUUCCAAUAAAAACUCAUUCAGCGAGAAGAAGUUGAAUACCGGGUUGACCGUGCCAAAAUCUGUGGCCACCGAACUUUACAAUAACGGCGAUAAAGGCGGGGAUUUCGAAAAUGUGUUAAUGCCAUGCUUGUCAUCAUUUAUGACGGUCCCUCAAUGGUCUGAUGUUUCAAAAUUGCUUCCGGACUCUAUCAGGGAUACUACUACUACCACUUCUCAACGACAACAAGAGAGCUCUUUGAUGGCAUCGGGUUUUGGAAAUGUCAAAGCUAUUUCUUCUAGUUCAUUCCUUGAAAAUAAGUAUCAAGCAGAAACUUCAAAUCAUGCGAUGUCCUCCGAUACUUUGAAAAGGGGACCACAUCAAAUGCAGAACUUCAACUUGAAGAAUAAUUACAAGCUACAAAGUUUGGAUGAGUUCUUGAGCUCACAAGAUGGGAGAAUGGAAAUGAUCUCGAGAAAUAAGAAGUAUUUGAAAAAAGCAGACCAUCCGAAGAAGAGCUCCAGUAAAAUAGAAGACAAUGACGAAGAUGAGGAAUAUGAGGAAGAUAGCGAGUCUGAGGAUGAGUCUGAGGAAGAUGAAUCUGAAGAGUCUGAAGAAGAGGAAGAUGAUGAUGAGUAUAGUGAUAGUGACAGCGAUUCUGAAGAUGAGAGUGCCCAGAUGCUCAAAUAG